AUGUUAAAUAUCAUCGCAAACAUCGGAUUCGGCCUCAAGAUCCUCUGGCCCGGCCAAGAGUUCCCACCUGAUGCCGAUCCAAGAUUAACCAAGUACGGAACUCACGAACCUCCUCCAGGACAUACGUUGAGUUUCGUAGAAGCAUUGGCUCGCACCCUGAAAUAUCUCAUCCUCCUUCUGAUCGCGCCGAAAUGGAUACUCAGAAUUAUCCCUAACAAGCACGCAAAACAGGCUCUGGAAGGAGAAGCGAACUUUUUAGGCUACAUGAACGAGUUCCUGCAGGAAAAGAUUGAAGACGUGCAGAAAGGAAAUAACGCGGAACAGGGUCUUGAUAUAAUGGGCUCGUUAGUCCGCACAAGCUACGGAGAUGUGCCAGCCAAUGGAUCAACUAAAAAAGGAGCCCAAGUUGCACGAUUAUCGGACUCGGAAAUCAUAGGCAACGCAUUUGUGAAUAUAGUAGCAGGACAUGAGACUACAGCUAACGUUCUCCAUUUCACACUCGCCUACCUAGCAUCCAGUCCGGCUUCUCAAAGGAGAUUGCAACGGGAUAUCGAUAAUCUUCUAGGAAAUACGGACGCAGAAACAUGGGAUUAUGAGGCGUGUCUGAAUCCUCUCCUCGGUUCGAUGGUUGGUGCUGUUAUUAACGAAACACUCCGUUUACUACCGCCUGUAGUGGAUAUACCGAAGAUGGUAACCCCGGCGCAAGACCAAUCCGUUACGAUACAAGGAGUGGGACACGUACUUCCUCGGGACUCGUCUAUUGGCGUGGUGAUCGCAGCCGCACAACGCAAUCCGAGAUACUGGCCGACUAAGCCAAGUAAGAUCACCAGUGCUGAGACGGACAUUGAUGAGUUCGUUCCUGAGCGAUGGUUCCAAACGGAUUCAACGAAGGGUAGUAGCACCACAAUCGAGAGCGGGGACACGGAAGACUUUGGUGGUUAUACUGGAUCCGAUACCAGCGCACAGCUGUACCGUCCGCCACGGGGUUCGUUCAUCCCUUUCUCAGAUGGCGCACGAGCGUGCUUGGGCCGCCGCGUAGCAAUCGUGGAGCUAGUCGCGGCAUUAGCCGUCAUCUUCCAGAAGUAUAGCAUUGAACUCGCAGUAGACGAGUGGGCGAGCGAUGAAAAGGUCGCCAAUAUGAGCCAAGACGAGAAGACGAACUUAUACAAGCUAGCGCAAGGGAAAUCGAGGGAUACAGUGAAAGAAGCUAGAAGCUAUAUUACAUUAAAGUUACACGGAGAUAAGUAUAUCCCUAUAAGAUUGGUUAAGAGAGGCAACGAGAGGUUUGUCAAUUGUAUCGAUUUAUGA